AUGCAGUGGCCAUUAGACGUAUACCUCACCGCGAACGAUCACACGUUGACCGUGGUCAAGCGAUCGACGGUGAAGAGCGUGACCAAGUCGACGAGAGAUCCCUCGGUGCGCAUUCCCGCGUCUCGCUUGCGAAGCGGUUCAAAUCAUUUCCGCAUGUUUCAUCGAGAUAGACGCGGCGCUUUCAUGAUCGCUUUGCGUAUCGUACGAAAGCGCACGCUCGAAGAAGUCGCGGCGUCUAUACCAAAAGCCGCCUCCGUGGGUGUGGCGCUACGAAAUGCACUCAAACAUCUCGGAUUCACCGAGAAGGACGACGAAGUCAUCAUGGAAGACGUCGCGUUGGUCUCGCUACGUUGUCCAAUUAGUGGGCAAGUUUGUCGCAAUCCGGCGAGAUUAUCUUCGUGCGUUGGCUUGCAUGCGUUCGACGCGGAGAGCUUUUUGCAACUCAACACGGUGAGUCGAAAGUGGUGCUGUCCGGAGUGUGGUAAAAAGGGCGGUCCGUCGGAUUUGCGCGUCGACAGCUUCAUCAAGUACUGCGUGGAUAAAGUUACAGAACGAGCGUUGAGCAAGGUGAGCCGAAUAGAGAUAAACAAAGACGGACAUUGGCGUCCUCGCGAAGAUGCAGGCGCGCCCCCGUUAGAUGCAUCGCAACUGAGAUGCGUCACUUGGAAACUCGACGGCGACGACGGAAGUCCGACGAGCACGGCGACGAAAGUCAACGGCGUCACCGUCGCCGAAACACCGAACGUGGAGUCGAAAGAAACGAUCGAGUUGGUGAAAACUGACGACGACGGCGAGGACUCUGAACUCGAUGAAGAGGAAGAAUAUCGACGAGCGAUUCGCGAAGCCGCGGAAUUUUGCGGCGCGGGCGGCGCGAGGGCGCCGGGUAAGAGGAAACGCGAACCCGACGUCAUCGUGAUCUCUGAUUCAGAAGACGAUAACCCCGUACAACGAAGUGCUGCGACUCAGUCGACGACGAAACGUCCGAAGUGUAAGCCGUCGUCUGCGCUCACGGCGCGACCUCCCGGCGUCCCUCGUUCCGUCGACUCGCUCAGCCCGCGCUCGCGCGCGAGAGAGAUCCACUUUCGAAUGACACACAGACCGAACCCGUUCUGUCCUACGUCGACCGCGCCGCGCAAUUUGUGA